UGUCACUUCAUUUCCUUAUAACUCAACUGCAGGAAUUGAGACCUAAUUCAGCUGUGUUUACAGGCAAGAUUUUAUUAGUACAAAAAAGAACUUGACAGCAUAAAGCCAUCAUCAGGGUUACAAAACAAAUAUGAAUCUGUAGAGUCAAGGAAAUAUUCAGUUUUAACCAUCUCCAGGCCUGUAACUGUGGCUGAACUUGGCCUUCCUUAUCUUCUCUAGCAGAUCCUUUGGCCUUAAGCCAGUUAUUUCAAGGCCCUAUUAGCUUCAUAAAUUAGGUGGGCAAGUGAAAUGAAAGUAGAUUGUGACUGACUGAAAACAGACGGCUCGGGUUAUGAUCCAAACACUCAGAGCUGUGUUGGUGCUUUGUUUAAUUGUGUACGGAUGCAGCUUUCCUUUUAAUCACUAGUCACAAACCUUAAAAGAACUUAAAUGCAGUUUAUUGCAACAACACUUGUUUUUUGCCUCCUAACAUUUACAGAAUUAUUUAUGUAGGAUCGAUUUAACACCGCCAUGGUAGUAGUUGUUUCUUUUGAGUUAGUUAGUCAUUUAUAUAGCCAGCAAUGGUGUCCAGUGCUGCUGUUGGUCACAAAGGUUUUCUCCAGCGCAGCAACAUUUAUAUACUGAGCUGCUGAGGCAGCAAGCUGUUGGCUUUGCAGGUUUGUCUGAUAGCAGUUGCAGAGUCAGAAAGCAGCAGUAACAUAGUUAAAACAAUUUAACAAUAAUAUCUGCAGUAUUAUUUGGGAAAUAACCACCCAACAUGGCUCCUCCACAGGCCUGAAAAUGAAAAGGAAAUAUGUAGAGCAAGUGUAGCCAGUUUAAGAUUCUUGGGAAAUACAUAUACUGUGUUCCAAAUUAUUAUGCAUAUACUGUUUUUGUUCUUUUUCUUACUAAAUAGUCGAUAUAUUUGGCAGUCAAUAGGGUUUUUUAUUCCUCAACAAUUAUAUAGUAAUCUGGAUUUUAUUAAUCCAUAAUAAUAAUAAUUACCAAUUAUGACAAUGGCAUUUUUUGCAAAAUAACUCAAAAUGCCGUGUUCCAAAUUAUUAUGCAAAACAAAAAAUAGUUUCUAAAGGAUUGAAAACAGAAAUCUGUUGUAUUUGAUGCUUUAGAGGGGAUACAUUUUCUCAAAUAAAAGCUAUUUAAAUCAAAAACAUCUUUACAGAUCGAGUUACAUAUUAACAUAGGAGCCCUUCUUUGAUAUCACAUUAUCAACUCUCUCAUCCAUUGAACUUGUAAGUCCAUGUACAGUUUCUGCCUGUAUUUCCUUUGAGGAUACCAGAAUUGCCUCCCAGAGCUGCUGUUUUAAGGUAAACUGCCACCCACCCUCAUAGAGCUUCCUUUUAAGGAUGCUCCACAGGUUCUCAAUAGGGUGGAGGUCAGGAGAUGAUGGUGGCCACACCGUGAUUCUUUCUCCCUUAAUGCCCAUAGCAGCCUAGGCCUCAAUGGUAUAUGUUCCAGCAUGGGAUGGUACGUUGUCUUACAUGAAAAUGAUUUUACUCCGGAAGGCACGGUUCUUAUUUUUAUACCAUGGCAGGAAAUGGGCAGUGAGGAACUCUACACAAAUCCAUCAUUUUGACACCUUCAGGCACCUUAAAGGGGCCUACCAACUCACUUCCCAUGAUUCCAGCCCAAAACAUCCCUCCACCACCUCCUUGCUGACGUCGCAGCCUUGUUGGGACAUGGUCACCAUCCAGAACUCCAUCUAGUGUAGCACUGCAUACAUCAGCGAAUAAAACUGUUAGACAAUUAGUCUUAAUGUAUUUCUGAGCCCACUGCAAUCAUGUCUCCUCGUGGGCAUUGUUUAAGGGUGGCCGAAAUACAGCUUUAUGCACAUCAGCAAGCCUCUGGAGGAUCCUGCGUCAAGAGGAUCUUGGGACUCCAGAGGCACCAGCAGCUUCAAAUACCUUUUUUACUACUCAUCAGUGGCUUUUUUCACAGCUGCUCACUUAAUACGAUGAAUUAGCCUUACAGAAACUUUCCUUUAUCUGAACGAACCCGUUUGCGCUCUAUUUCGUAAAAUAUCCAGUAGUUUCAUACCUAUUGAAAGAUACUGCACUAUUUCACACUUUUCAUCUGCAAAAAGAUAUUUUUUCCCCCUGUAUUGCAUGAAACCUGUGACUUGCUUAAUAAUGUGAAACAACAUCCUUAAGUAGUUUCCCAUUAAUUAGGCUCACCUGGCAAACUAAUUAGGACAAACCUGUCUGAGAUUGAUGUCAGUGAACUAAACAGACAUGGAAAGCAGCACAAUUGAAAACUUUCAUUGAAAAACAAAAAAUCUAAUGUUUUUUUAAUUGAAAUCAUAUUUGCAUAAUAGUUUGGAACACAGUAUAUAUAUACACACUGUGUUCCAAACUAUUAUAUGAACAUAUAUAUAUGUUUUAUGGCCAAUAAUUAAGAAAAUAAAUUAUUUUUUUAGAAGCAUGUACUUCACUUUGAAAGGCAACAGGGAUGUUUCAGGUUUGCAGAUCUUUAUUUCAAAAUGGAAGCAAACCCCCACAAAACACCAAUCCUCCUCCUGGCUGAAUCUAGACUUCGAACAUCUGUGAUCUUUUAAAUUGACAGUGUAGUGUUUUUAAUAAAUAUAUACCUUUUAGUAGAAUUAUUACAAACUUUUUGUUACAUUUGUUCUGUCAUCUACGACACAUCUGUGGAGGUCUUUUAGUCACUGGUUUGAUUCAUUCAGAACCAGAUUUUAAAAAUGUCCACCUUUGUCCGGCCAGGCUCUUGUGGCGGAGGAGAUAAGAGACUGUGCGAAGGCCUUUGAACCACAGAGCUUCAAUGACAAGUUCAACUGACCCUUUAUUUUCCUUUUUUGAAUUGUAAGCGACCAGUUCCUUUUCUUUCCCCUAGCAACCAAUCAGUCCAUUCGCAAUUUAUAGGGAUUUCUUUGAGCUUGUACGUCUGAUCUUCCGCCUUAACACUGGUCUGAUGUUACAGGUUUUUGUUUUUCUGCAUCCUAACCUGCUGCUGCACCCUCCCACUCCCUGUCCAUUUGCAUGGCAACCCUUUACCAGGCCAGCUGCUGCUGCCCUUUUCUUUCUUCAUGUUGAAUUCUAAUCAUUACUUUCAAAGGAAAGCGUCUCCAAAGCUCCUUUAUCAAGUGUUCGUACUGGGAGGAGGCAAGCCGCUGUCCAACACCCACUCAGGCUACUGCUCUUCUUCUUAACGCUUCUGUUUUGCAAACCAGGAACAUUUCCUAUUAGUAACCUGCUUUCAAGUUUGGAGAAACAUCGUACGGAAGAAGAAGCUCUGCAGUGAUGCCAUGAGGUUGAUUCUGGUUAAACCCACCAAUGCAACUCGACGUCUUGACUCAACGGGUGAAGUCUUCCGUGAUGAGGACCAUGAGCAUUGUACCUCAGGAGGUCCAUCACCUCUGAGAAAAUCUCCUGAGCAGAUGCAUGAUCGAUACUCCGGUACCUCUGUGGAAGCGUCGUCUCCCCCACAGGAGACGAGUCUGUGCUGUGUUUCAUCUUCACCCCACGAAAGGUCUAAUGGAAUCAGUCCGUCGCGAGUUUCAGCCCAGAUGUCACCACUGAAAACCCGAAACCUAACCUUAUCACAGCUGAGUGAUCAGGACUGGUUGCUGCUUUGUGGCCAGGUUAGCGGUGUAGGAGAUGAUUCACUCUCAGAAGACAGAGCAGGGACCAGUGUGGGACAUCCAAACCAUAAUGACAGAUGUGGUUGUUCCUGUCCUGAUGCACACCAACAUACAACUUCUAGUUUUCAUCCGCAGUCUAAACAGGGCUCAGUCCAAGACUGCCUCUCCCGGGUUUCAAACAAGAAAAGCCUUUCAUCCUUACCACACACCCAGACUUUCUCACAAAGCCCCCAAGCUCCGACCACUUGCCAGGUUUUACCGCAGCAAACAAACCAAAGGGAUCUUUUGAAACCUGCAACAAACCAUCCACAGGAUAAUUUCAUGCUCCAGUGCAGUGACCAAGAAGGUCGAAAGGAGCUGUUGCAGCAACAGCCUUGCAAUCAUUUUAAACUGAAAGACAGCAGCCAAGCAACUUUAUUCAACAUCCCUCUGAACUCUAUAGAGUGUGCUGAAACAAACCAGAAACUUCACCAACAUCCUCAGUCUGCUGUCACAGCAGACCUCAACUGGAGAGAGCUUUUUGGUAAAGAACCACUGCUAGUUCAGCAGUGUCAGAAGCAAGACUCUCACUGCUCAACAAGCAGCGAUCAAACCUGCAAGUCAUCUGGGGAGCCCUCUGUUGUCCUCAAGUGCCGUCAUCUCCCUUACAACCCUUUAACUAGCUUGGCACGCGUGAAGAGGUCGUCGACUCCAGCCAGUAACAAAAGUGUCCAGUCCUUCUCCACCAGCCAGUAUAGUUCACUUGAGAACCAGGAUUUAGUGGAGGAGAGAGCAAGACAGCGACAAAGUCAGACAAACUCUCAGCACCUCAGUGGAUCAAGACUCUCCUUUGCCAAACACACCCCUCCACCUUCUAACACCUUAGAAACUGGUGGCAUAGUAAACGGGUAUGCACUGCGACCGCUGAGCAGCAACAGCGCUUUAACAUCCAGUCACUCAGAUCUCAACUUGGGCCAGCAGCCUCUUCAGCUCCUUCACAGUGCCAUCCUGGAGGACGCCUUCUCCAAAGUCAUCAGAGAAGAUUCCAGUAAGGCCAACAGCGAGAACCUGACCAGGGAGGAAGGCAGCGUACCACAGAAGAAGACCAAGGACAUUAGCUACCGGCUGGGUCAGAGGAGAGCUCUUUUUGGCAAGCGCAAACAGCUGAGCGAUUAUGCGUUGGUCUGUGGGAUGUUUGGCAUCAUCGUCAUGGUGAUUGAGACAGAGCUGUCGAGGGGGUUUUACAGCAAGGAAUCCAUAUAUUCAUAUGUACUGAAAGGCCUGAUCAGCCUCUCUACUGCUAUUCUUCUUGGACUCAUUGUGAUGUACCAUGCGAGGGAAAUCCAGCUCUUCAUGGUGGACAACGGAGCAGAUGAUUGGAGGAUAGCUAUGACCUUUGAGCGGAUCCUUUUUGUUGUGUUUGAGCUCCUUAUCUGUGCCAUCCAUCCAAUUCCGGGCCAGUACGUGUUCACCUGGACUGCCCGACUGGCCUUCAGCUACACAGCAUCAGUAGCGGACGCUGAUGUCGACAUCAUCCUCUCUGUGCCGAUGUUCCUGCGCCUCUACCUGAUUGGCCGGGUCAUGCUGCUCCACAGCAAACUGUUCACAGACGCCUCCUCCCGCAGCAUUGGGGCGCUCAACAAGAUCAGCUUUGACACUCGUUUUGUCAUGAAGACUCUGAUGACCAUCUGCCCGGGCACAGUCCUGCUGGUCUUCAGCGUGUCCUGUUGGAUCAUCGCAGCGUGGACCGUGCGCGUAUGUGAGAGGUAUCAUGAUGCACAGGAAGUGACCAGUACCUUCCUUGGAGCGAUGUGGCUGAUCUCCAUAACCUUCCUGUCCAUCGGCUACGGCGACAUGGUCCCUCACACCUACUGUGGGAAGGGGGUUUGCCUCCUGACAGGAAUCAUGGGAGCGGGCUGCACAGCCUUAGUGGUUGCUGUUGUUGCAAGGAAGUCAGAACUCACCAGAGCCGAGAAGCACGUCCAUAACUUCAUGAUGGAUACUCAGCUCUACAAAAAGAUAAAAAACACAGCAGCCAAUGUGCUGAGGGAGACGUGGCUCAUCUACAAAAACACAAAGCUGGUCAAGAAGAUUGACCGUGCCCGAGUACGCCACCACCAGCGAAAAUUCCUGCAGGCCAUCCACCAACUGCGAACGGUUAAAAUGGAGCAAAGGAAACUGACUGAUCAGGCCAAUACAGUUGCUGACCUUGCCAAGACCCAGAACAUGAUGUAUGAUCUGGUGAUGGAGCUGCAACAUCGAAGUGAGGAGCUAGACAGGAGGAUUGUAGCUCUGGAGGAGAAACUGGACUCAAUCCUCCUCAGCGUGCAGUCGCUGCCCGUUGUGCUUUCUCAAGCAAUAACAAAGCUACAAAAGGAUUUCCUGGACGACUUGGCCUGCCGUGUCCACUUCCUGUCAUCCUCCCUGAGCUCUGAGUGCUGUUCAGUCCCUGCCAGGCAGCUCUAUCCAGGAUCCACCACACCAGAGACACCAUACAGCUCAUAGGCCUCACUCAGUGGUUUUCAGUCCUUCUUUUUCAUGCUGGGAAUGAUUUUCUAAACAUGCACACUCUUUUAUAGCAACACUCUGCUACACAUUCAUACAGUUACACACAUUCACCCCUGGGAGUUAAAGCUACCAUCUCAUACUGAGCACUUCCAAUGAGAAGGGAAGUACAUCAUUUAGGGGAUAAAAAGGGAGAUUGUUAUUCCUUAAUUUCCUCUGCUUAAAGUUAAAGUUAGUUCAGGCACUGGGUUUUCGCCUAUAACGAGACAAACAUCAGUCCAUAGAGCCUCCUUUGGUCCAUAUAGGAAGAUGAUUUCUAUGGUUCAUGGAGAGUUAAAACUUUGUCAAUAAAAUCUACAAUGAAAAUUAGUUAGAAAUUAUUAAGUGGAAAGAAUUAACUAAUUCCUAACCAAUCAACUAUCUUGCAGCAUUUUAGUUCUGAAACUUUCUCAGAAGUGUGCUUGUGACUGAGUUAUUCCUACAGUCACAGUGGCUGUGAAAGGAGGGAGAAAGGCUACUUCCCCUUUUAAUGCUGAGGUUGCAUAGGGUGGGAGUAUUAUGAAAGAGAAAGAAAAUGUAAACAUUUAAAUAGAAUGUAUAAUUCACUCAUUAGUGUAAUGCUAUGUCAACUAGAAGACAUCUGCUGCAGUUUGUGAAGACUAAGAAAAAGAUACUUAAAGUCCCCCUCCACUCAAAGAUAUGUUUUUCUUCUUGUUCCUACAGUUAGAUGUUUGAGCUAUUCAUAGAUUCUGGUAUUUUUAAUGAGGUAAUGAAGCUAGUUUUUCACACACACGUUAUUGUUCCAAGCAGAUGGUUUGUAUAUAUGUCUUCAUGCAUGUCUGAAGGGGAUCUUAAAGUUAACUUUUUAAAGAAUGAGAUCAGUUUUUCUGUUCCUGUACAUCCGAGCGUUGUUGUUUUUCCUGCUCCAUUAGGACAAUGUUUUCUGCAUUUUACAGUAAAUGGGGCCCUCCAUUAGAAAAAAGUGAUUAUCCAUAGAGGAGAGAUUGUCUAUGAUUACUUUCAAAGCAAUAAUGGUCUAGUGCCAGCGCUUUUAUUUGCUCACCAUGAGAAGUGUAGUCUACCAUGGUAAGACAACACUAUUAUGAUUGUGUCAAAUGCCAGAUUAAAGCCUAGAGGGGAAGAAACAUUGCAGUCAGGACACCUAGACUUUAGAAGUUUGUCUGAAGGUAUAACAUUCAUUUAACACUGAAACUUCUUUCAUUUAAGACCUAAUUUGCUGCUUCUUGUGACUUUUCCUGUGUCAGUAACUUCUUAAGUUGCAAUAAAGUUUGUUUAUAUCUAAUAACUGUAUUAGUUUUGAGACCGUCCUUUUUGUUUCACUGGCCUUAGCCUACACAACAUUAAUGUUUUAUAUGUGUGUAUGAAGCAGUUUAGACAUAAUGGAGACGUAUUGUGUCUCUCACAAGUGACGUAUACUUUGUAGUAUUUAAAACUUUUUGUAGCAGCAACACAGUAUUUAAGACAGUCACUGGUAAUAAAACCUAUCUCCAGAACUCCA